AUGGUUGUGUAUUCUUUCUACAUCUUCGACCGCCACGCGGAAUGCAUCUACAAGCGCCGCUGGCUCCCACGGCCGACCUCCACAACUUCAAGGUCCUCCCGACCCUCCUCAGAACCCACCUCCGCCAGCAAUGGCAUGCCCUCGUCCAUACCCUCCCGUCAAAGCCUGACUGCAGAAGACGAUGCUAAGCUGAUAUUCGGCACCGUAUUCUCCCUACGGAAUAUGGUGCGCAAGCUAGGAGGCGAUGAUGACAACUUCAUCUGUUACCGAACAAGCCAAUACAAGCUGCAUUACUACGAAACACCCACGAAUAUUAAGUUUAUCAUGCUUACAGACGUCAAGUCUGGUAGCAUGCGACCAGCGCUACAGCAGAUAUAUGUCAAUUUAUAUGUGGAAUACGUUGUCAAAAACCCUCUAUCCCCCAUCGAACAUCCAGGUGGCAUAGGCGUCAAUAACGAGUUAUUCGAGGAGUCUCUACAACAGUUCGUGACUCAGGUAUUAGCAUAA